UGUCCGCAGAAGCAAUGGUUCGCGUUGCGCCAUGACUGUCGAGGAGAAGAGUUGCCUGACCCACUUGAACGGCGAUUGCCACUAACUUCCGCGGCUGAGCACAGCCACGCACGGUCCGCCAACUCCGCGGCUUGUCCCCGUCUGGGUCGGCGGGAUUCUUCCCAGCUCGUCCAAGGAGCGCGCACAGGACGCGGAAUUCCCCCGGCCUCUCUCUCGACAUAUAAGCCCAAGAUGAUCCAGACUCACCUGAAUCACUGGCUCAAGUGCCAAGCCCGCCUCACGACGAUCCCCCUCCCCCAUUCGCCACUAGUAUCUCCGGCACGUUCACACGAUGCAUACACGACAAUCACCCUCGUACACUGAAUACGCGCCGCUCGUCGUACAACCGCAACCAAUCCACCAAUGGGAGGCGGCACCGGAGACCUUCAUACCGCCACAGUACCCGCCAAAUCGCGCGCAGAUCAUACGGACACCAAGUCCAACGCCUAGCGAGCAGAAUCAGCUUGAAGGCAAAUUGCCGUAUAGCAAAGGGAAGAUGCUCAAGAUGUACUGGCGCGAGGCAUUGGUUGCGGUCAUAAUCAUCGUCGCCUUCAUCGUUAUUUUUGCUAUGAACGACAAGAUCGUGCACGCCCUACGACCCGUCAAAUCAUGGAUGGACGAACGCCCAUGGGGCUUCGUCAUCCCUCUAGCAAUAUACAUCGUUAUCUCCUUCCCCCCACUCAUCGGUCAAGAAAUCGUCGCUACAUUUUGCGGCAUGAUAUGGGGCCUUGGCGAGGGCUUUGGUAUAGUCGCGGCUGGUACCAUCAUUGGCGAGAUUCUGCUCUUCAUCGGCGUCAAGUACUUCUUCAGCGCGAAACUGCAGACGAAGGAAAAGAGCAGUGUCUCCUACGCUUGCUACGCUAGGGUAAUUCGCGAAGGCGGCUGGAUCAUGUGCGCCGUCUUCCGUUUGAGUGUCUUCCCCCCGCAUUUCAUCACCGUCCUCGUCGCGGCCUGCGACGUCCCACUAUGGACCUACCUCAUCGCCAUCGUCAUCGGUUUCCCGCGACAAUUGCUCCCUGUCUAUCUCGGCGUGGUUCUCGACGAUGGGGAGGAGAACACCCAACACGCUGGCCCGAAGGCCGUCAAGGGCGUGUUCAUCGCCUUCAUCGUCGUCGUCACCAUCGCGGCUGGCAGGAUCAUCGGCGCACGGGUCAAGAAGAUCAAGCCCGAAGUUAUCUACGAGCGCAGGAAAGCGAGGCAGUGGAAGAUGAUGGAGUCCUCGGAGUUCAACGGUGUCUAAAUUUGUGCUAUCGUAUCUGUUCCUCUUCGUGUUGUAUAUUUAUUACCAGUCCCGACUCGACGCUCGCUACGUACCUCUCUGCUUCACGAUGCAUAUUUAUUUAGCACACUCACGGACUUGGCCUACCUAGAUUACUUACCCGUAAUCCCACACAUGACUAGGAAUCGACUUCAGGAUGGACAGCAAUGGCAGACGUAGUCUGAUAU